CCGGUGUCUUCUGGGACACAUGACAGGUCCCAGAAGGCUCCGGGCCAUUCACAAAGCGCAGAGCUUCUCACGCAUGCGCAGUCCGCAGUCUCUGGUAAUCUCCUUUACUGUCUGCAGUCUCUGGUCAUCUGUACUAUGUCCACAGUCUCUGGUCGUCUCCUGUACUGUGUCCGCAGUCUCUGGUCAUUCCCUGUACUGUGUCCGCAGUCUCUGGUCAUUCCCUGUACUGUGUCCGUAGUCUCUGGUCAUUCCCUGUACUGUGUCCGCAGUCUCUGGUCAUCUACUGUACUAUGUCCACAGUCUCUGGUCAUCUACUGUACUAUGUCCGCAGUCUCUGGUCAUUCCCUGUACUGUGUCCGCAGUCUCUGGUCAUUCCCUGUACUGUGUCCGCAGUCUCUGGUCAUUCCCUGUACUGUGUCCGCAGUCUCUGGUCAUUCCCUGUACUGUGUCCGCAGUCUCUGGUCAUUCCCUGUACUGUGUCCGCAGUCUCUGGUCAUUCCCUGUACUGUGUCCGCAGUCUCUGGUCAUUCCCUGUACUGUGUCCGCAGUCUCUGGUCAUUCCCUGUACUGUGUCCGCAGUCUCUGGUCAUCUCC